UUAAACAAGCAUUGUUAAAACUUAAAAGCCGGGAUCGUUAUUUUCCAGAUCCACCAUCAGAAGAUGAAUGGGAACAAGUUAGUAUGGUGCAAGAUGGACUUAAGCAAAUGUCUGCAAGUUCAUAUAUAACACUUAAUUAUGCAAUUAUAAUAAUUUUUAAAAUUAAAUUACAUUUACAAAAAAUGCGAUCAAGUUCUAGUACAUUUAUUUGUGAAUUUGCUAAUUCUAUGCAAAAAAAAUUUAAUAAAUACUGGGAAGAUACAAAUAUUUUAUAUGCAAUUGCAUGUAUACUUGAUCCAUCUUACAAAUUAGAAUGGUUCAGAUACUAUUAUGAACAAAAAGAAAAAUUGUCACAGGAAGAAACUGAAAAGAUUGUAAUUAAUUUACAAACAAGGAUUACAAGCACCUCACCUGAUUUAGAUUACCAAUCUGAUGAAGAUUACCGUCAAUAUGCAUCUAAACGAUCACGAAUGAAUACUAAUAAUCUUUAUGAAAUUCAACAAUACUUAAAUGAACCAACAAUCUCAAAAAAAAUCAAACCUCUUUAUUGGUGGAAAUCAAAUUAUAAUCGAUUUCCAAAUCUAUCCAAGAUGGCCAAAGACUUCUUAGCUAUUCCAGCGACAAGUGUACCAUCAGAACAAAUUUUUAGCUUGGCUGGUAGAAUUAUUGAUGAUUGUCGUAUUAAUUUAGAAUCAAAUACAGUUGAAGCAUUAAUAUGUCAACGGAAUUGGUUAUCUAAGUGGAAGAUGUAA